CGCGGACGCGACGGCUCCAGUUCCACAGUUGGAGAAUUCACCGUAGAACGGCGGAACCGGGGAAACCUUCACGGGGUUUCGAGAGACUUUAACGAGGAUAACCGGUAAAUUUACAGACGGCGCCGCCAGGAUAUUCCAACAUGGUGGUGGUGGCAGCAGCAGCAGCGACCGGCGGAGCCCACAAGGUGCUCCUCAUCUCCGGGAAGCCGUCCGGCGGCUCCGCAGCGGCGGCGGGCUACAGCCGGCCGCUGUCCGUCGUCCUACCGUCGUCCGCCGCCAGCCAGGCGUCGUCGGACUCGGACUCCAACAGCUCCGCGGGGCCGCCGAUACGGAAACGGCAGCGGCUCACGCACCUGAGUCCGGAAGAGAAAGCACUACGCAGGAAACUCAAGAACAGAGUCGCAGCUCAGACAGCCAGAGACAGGAAAAAGGCCAAAAUGGGGGAGCUGGAACUGCAGGUCAUAGAGUUGGAGCUGGAGAAUCAGAAACUUCACAUCGAGAACAGGCUGCUUCGGGAAAAGACGACGGGCCUACUGACAGAAAAUGAGGAACUGAGACAGAGACUUGGGUUGGACACCCUCGACUCAAAAGAGAAGGUUCAGGUUAUCGUGUCCACCGGGAACGACGCAGGUUUGGGGAUCGGGUCUUCUGAGUCCGCAGCACUCAGGCUACGUGUGCCUCCGCAGCAGGUGCAGGCCCAGCAGUCCCUAAAUCUGAAGACUUCCCAAUGGAUACAGAUGGUCCUGACAGUACAGACUCUGAGUCUGAUUUGCUCAUGGGCAUUCUGGACAUCCUUGACCCAGAGCUGUUCCUCAAGUCUUGUGAGCAGGAGUGCCAGGAGCCGCAAGUGCUGCUGGUCGGAGGGGGGAACCCAGUACCUUCCGCCACACCUGCGCCUCUGGGGGCCCCACCAGUUAAGCUGGAGGCCCUUAAUGAACUGAUCCACUUUGACCACAUCUACACGAAGCCCGUGGAGGAGGUGUGCGGCGGCGGGCAGUGCAGCGACUCGGAGAGCGACGCGGAGGAGACGAUCGACGAGGCCUCCUUCCCCUGUGCGGAGGUGGUGGUCGUCGAGGAGGAG